CCAAGAUUCAGACCAGGAGUCAAAUGCAGCAUGCUUGGAUGAAGAGGAUCCUUUCUCAAAAUUGAAUGAUCAUGGCCUGGUACUAAGCUUUAAUGCAGUGGAGGAUCACACUACGGAAAGGGAGGGGCCCAUUCUAUACACACAUUCAGAGGGAGAGGAUUUAGUUUUCAUAGACACAAUGCUUAGACCACUUCAAAUAGAUCUCUCAAGCUGCCCGACGAAUCCCUUAUAUCUGCGCAAGGAACAAAAGGGAAGGAAAACUUACUCCCCUUCACAAAUCGUUACAAGAAGUAGGGCUAAACUUCUAGCCCAAGGCAGGAGGGUCACACCAAUUAGAUGGGAAGAGGAACAGGAACUGAUCGAUCCUCAGGAAUCUCAUGAACAAGAGUAUGACCAGUGGCAGGUUGCUUGGCCAAUUGCUUUUCUUAUGACCUUGGGUUUCCUCCAUUGCUAUUGGAGAGAUUUGGCUGGAAUAUUUGGAAGUACUCAUGCAACGGGAUGUUUGUAGAUGCUAAAUGAUGAUGGUCUAAUAGAGGAGGCCACUGUUUUCUCAAUGACUAGGGUUUGGAGCUACUGCCUGGCCUUCACUCAGCUCCUACAGAUUACACGCUCUUUGUUUCCUGUUCAUUGUUGGGUUUUUGUUCAAUUGUGUAGUCUCCUUUUCAAUGCCAUACUCUUGUUCACUGCGGCAGUUUCUUGAGAUUUGAAGCUUUAUGUGGAUCUUUACAAGCUGAAGGAACAGAAUGCAAGACCAUCGGGCCAUGCUUCUAUUAGGUUCUCGCUGGGUAUCUCCCUGGUGUGCUAGCACAGCUGUAUUCGGAUGCUCCCUUUGUUUGGAUAGAGGUACAAGGUGGGGAAAUUUUAUCAGAGUUCUUGAGUCUAGGCUAGAAGGGAACACCUCUAUUUUUGUACCAGUUGAUAGAGGAGGUUCGGACUGCUUCUUUAAUGCUGUUGAUGUCUUCAUUGGUAAGACAAAGAACCCCAAUAUCGUAGAAAACCUCCCUGAUGCUCAGAAGUUGACAGUGGUACAUGAGGUUCAUGCACCUGGCUGCUCUAACAGACAUGGAAGCUCUGGUGGUUUUACACUUGGGGGGCCUGCAAAAGAUGGAUUUGUGGCUAACCAGACUCCAGUUGGGACUCAUCCUCUAAAGGAUUCACGUGAAGAGUUCUCUCCCAAAGAUAAAGCUCCUGCUGUUAUAUUGGGAGGAGGGAAUGAAAACUCAACGGAUUCACAACCCACACUGGAGAUUGGAAAAGUAGAUGAUGGGAAAAUGACAGAAGCUCUGCAGCAUGAAGACUCGGGUGCAAGAAACCAUCUUCAGCCUGGCACGACUAGUGAGUUGGAACCAGAAGAUGAGUCUAUUAAGCCAUGUCUCCUAAACCAUGAAGAGCAACUGAUCAUCGACGGUCUGUUUAAGCGAGCUCCGGAAAUGCUAGUUUCAAGUUUGGAUAUUCCAAUUCAAACUGAGCUUAAGCUAAUGAUGAUCGAUGCAAAUGUGGAGGUUAGUCGUUCUCCUCUAGAGGUUUUUCUCAAUGAGAUUCUUAAGCCGAUUUUUGAGCAACAUAUUAGUGAUGACUUUGAGCAAUCUCUUUGGAUAAUUAAGGAAGCGUUGCGCUCGCCUUUCGUCAUAGAAAAGAUUCAGAAGGGUCUGGUGAAAACACUCCAGGGUAAGGCAAUAAAAGCUACAAGGGACGCUAUGAAGAGCGCACAAUGCAUCAGGGCAAUCAAGUUGAAAGGUACGCGACAUCCAGUCCUCCUGUCCUGUGCCAACAUUGAUGAACCUAUCAUUACAUCCUUAAACUUGGACUUCAAGGAGAGUUCACAGUUGGAAAACUUUCUUCCAAUCAGGCCUCUCAAAGUGGAUGAGAGUACAUUAAACUUCACAAGACCAGAUUUGGCUAGGAUCUGUGUAGAGGUGAAUGUCUCUAAUCCAUUACCUGCCAAGAUGCACAUCAGAUUAGGUGAUAAAGAUUCAUUUACCCCUCUCAUUUAUGAAAAUGUCCCAUAUUACUGCCAUUCAUGCUUGAAGCUUGGUCAUAUGAAGAACAACUGCAAAAGGAUGAAGGAUCCAACACAGAACUCUCAUGUUCACAAACCGGCUCAUUCUAAACCGGUUCAAACAGAUUCCUCAACAGAUAAGGGCAAAGAGCCCAGCCAGGAUAAUUGGACAAUGGUCACCUCCAAAAAAUGUGGGUUAGGUCCAGUGUGGAGAAAGAAAAGCUCUGGGGAUAGUUCUAUUCAGAACAUACCCAAACAACUACAGGACAAUCCCUCCACUACUGCUUCCCCUGGCCCCAUUAAUAAUGCUGAGGUAAUUAUUCAUAAUCCUAUCUCUCCCAAUUAUCCAGAGAUUAAUAAUUUGGCUCUGGUUCUUUGGAAACCCCUCCCUGCUAUUGAAGAGUCUAGCUUCUCUCCUCUUCUUCAAUGUGAUUCUGAUAGUGAUGAGUCAGAUUGUGAAGAUCUUGGAAUUAUGCUAGACUAUGAACCUCUCCUUGUGAUUGAUAAAGAGAAUAACCAAAAGGAAGAAAUUAGGGACAGGGAGACAAUUAACAACACCAAUAUUAAAUCAAGAUUGAGAGCAGAUAGGCUUCUCCUCUGGGACUCUCUGGUGGAUCAUGACCCAGGGGAUCAACCUUGGAUUGUAGGAGGGGAUUUUAACACAGUCACCUCCCUUACUGAACACCAAGGACAUGUGGCUCCCUGUCUUCAUAGUAUUGAAGACUUUAGGGAGUGUAUUCAGAACUGCUGCUUAUUGGAGCCCUGUCUUAAGGGCAAUAUCUUUACUUGGAUGGGUAAUAGGUCCAAGGGGAGAGUUCUACGCAGACUUGAUAGAGUAUUGAUUAAUCAAAGCACCCUGGAUCAAUACUCUGAUAUUUAUCUCUAUCAUCUGGGCAGAACCUCCUCUGAUCACAAGCCACUUCUUCUGGACUGCAUAAACUACCACUUUUCUGGACCUAGACCCUUCAGAUACAUUAAUGCUUGGGCUCUUAAUGAGAGCUUUUAUGAUUUGGUCAGGAAAGCUUGGAGCUCUUAUAGCAAUGGUAGGGGCAUGAGAGGGCUAGCAAUUAAACUCAAAAAUUUGAAAAAAAGUAUUAAGGAUUGGAAUCAUGCUCAUUUUGGAAACAUCUUCAUCAAAGUCCAAGAAGCAGAAAAGGCAGCUUUGCAAGCUCAAGAAAAUUUUGAAGGUGAGGAUUCUGAAGUGAAUAGAGAGGCAUGUAAUUUGGCCAAUGCCAAGCUACUGAGAACUUGCAAAAUUGAAGAGGCUUACUGGUCACAAAAAGCCAAUGUUAAGUGGAUUGCUAAUGGAGAUGCAUCAACUAAGUUCUUUCACUCAUAUGUCAAAGGCAAAAGAAGAAAGGCUAGCAUCAGACUUCUAAAAAAUCAAGAAGGCAGAGAGAUGGUGGAUCAUAAUGAAAUCUCCAGUUUUAUUGUCAAUCACUUUAAGAGUUCUUACACUCAAGAAUUUAUGGGUAAUCUUGAACCCAUCCUAUGUCAUAUUCCAACUCUUAUCACAGAUCAGGACAAUCAAAAUAUGAUCAAACUGCCACAGGCAGAAGAAAUUAAGGCUGCUAUUUGGCACCUAAAUCCUAAUAGCUCUGCCGGGCCAGAUGGGUAUAAUGGAGAAUUCUUUAGGUAUUUUUGGGACAUUAUUAAACCUGACAUUAUCAGUGCUGUUCAGGAAUUCUUCCUAGGCCAUCCUAUCCCUAUGGCCUUUGGAAGUACCUAUAUCAUCCUCAUUCCUAAACUUGAAGGGGCUAAGGUUAUUGGAGAUUAUAGACCUAUUGCCCUGUCUACUUUCUUCAGCAAGAUUAUCUCUAGGAUCUUGUCUAACAGACUUUCCCCUCUUCUGGACAAGAUCAUAUCACCUGAACAGGCAGGUUUCCAAAAAGGGAAGGGUAUUGAGGAACAUAUCUUAUUAACCAAUGAGCUAAUGCACAGGCUGGAAUCAAAAGUCAGGGGUGGUAAUGUGAUGGUUAAACUUGACAUGGCCAAAGCUUUUGACAAGAUUUCUUGGUCAUAUUUAAAAGAAGUGCUCAAAUCCUUUGGAUUUAAUGAUCACUGCAUAGCACUUCUUCUGCAAAAUCUAGAGGCCACUCACAUUUCAUUGCUCAUCAAUGGAAGCCCCCACGGAUUUUUCAAAAUCAAGAGGGGAGUCAAACAGGGAGAUCCUCUUUCUCCUCUCCUCUUUAUCAUUGGGUCUGAGGGAUUCUCUAGGAGCCUGAACUAUGCUAUCUCUUCUGGUUUUAUAGUACCAUUCAAGGCAGGGAAAAGUCAGGUGGUUUCUCAUCUUGCAUUUGCAGAUGACCUCUUAGUAUUUCUUAAGGGCGACCUAAGAAAUAUGCUGAGAUUUAAUCACAUCCUACAUAACUACCUUAGAGCUUCUGGACAAGAAAUCAACAGCAAGAAAAGUAAGGUUUUCUGCAAGAAAAAUAGCCACUGGACAUACAAGAAGAAACUGGAGGAAGCUCUUGGAUUUAUGGUAGGAAGCCCACCUUUCAAGUAUUUGGGAACAACUAUUACAACAGGCGAGGGAGGACUGGGUUUGAGAAGCCUUGAAGAUACUCAAAAGGCUUCCGCUUUGAAGCUUUGGUGGAAGGUGAUUAAUGGUGAUUCAAUCUGGUCAAAAUUUAUGAAAGAUAAAUACUACAGGGAUGGCCUGUUUGAGGCCAAAUUCUCCACAGCUGAGGCAAAACCAUGGGCAUCGGCAGCCCUUGAAGAGUGCAAACUGGAUCAGCCCCCCACCAAUGAAUCUCUAAUUCCCUUGAAGAAGUUCAAGGGCAGUAGGUCCAGCCCACACGAUCUACAUAUGAAGAAAAACCCAGGGGCAGCGGGAGGAAAAGAACAGCUGCAAACUCAGCUCCAAUUCUCUGCCCAUAUGCUGCCCAGAAUGUGCCCACUCACCCCAAAACAGCUCCAUCAAUUCAAACAAAAAGGGUUGACCAUCAAUAAUAAUGUCCAUGAGGUAACCAAGGCCCUGGAUACUGUCCCGAUUCUCACCACAGUCCCUCAAGCUCCUAUACAACCCCAGAAUCCGGCACUAGCAACAAACACUCAGCACCUUGAGGGAAGAACUGCACAUAUUGGGGAGAAUGAGGAUGAUAUGAUGGUCGAAGAGGAUAAGAGUCUAAUUGUAGCAACCACUUCCCCUACAAGUGAAUAUCGUCAUGCGGCCUUUCAUGGAGGACCUAUCCCAACCCCAAGCCAUGUCAUCUUCCCCACUCUGUCUCCUUUUGCUCCACCCUUCGUACCUGUGCUGACAAACAGCUUUGCCACACUUUUCUCUCACAAUGUAGUUGAGAACAAAAGAUGUGAAGAUCAAGACCCAUCAUCAAAGACUCAUGAUAAGAACCGGGUACUCCUUUUGAAUGCAGUGGAGGACAUUAUAGAGGAUAGGGACGGGCCUAUACUCUAUACCCACUCAGACGGAGAAGAUAUAGUUUUCAUUGACACCAAGCUUAAGCCUCUACAAAUAGACUUUUCUAGAUGUUUUAGACAACCUUUAAACCUGCGCAAGGAGCUUAAGGGCAGGAGAACUUUCUCCCCUUCACAAAUAGUUACUAGGAGCAGAGCUAAAAUUCUUGAAGAAGGUAGGAAAUUAACUCCUGUUGGAUGGGUGGAGGAACAGGAUUUGAAUGAAACCCAGGAAUCUUAUGAAGAGGAAGCUAUCAAUUUCUUUAAGUUGUGCUGCCCAAACAAAAAAGAGGGAUGGGUUCAGUACUCAUUGGGUUUUGCUGCCUUUCUAUUGGGGAUCUCCUAUAUCAACUUCGGUUUGGCUUAGGGACACUUUAUUUCUUUAUUUGAUGGGUUGGUUCGGUCGGGAGUAAAUGCAAUUGGGUGCGGCUAUGUCCUCUCAACUAGCUGGAAGACUAGGAAAAAAAAUAGUUUUGAGAAUCAAUGGGGGUUUGUUUGAUUUGGAGUUGCCAACAUUGACGUACCGAUCAUAAUGCCAUUAUGUGAACAUCUCAUCGACUAUGAAUAAAAGGGAGAUUCCAGGUUGCUCUCUUGGUUGAGGAUACUCAUCCUUCUAGGAAGCAUGGGAUAUUACUUAUAAUCAAUAGUGACAAUUUGG